UGUCAUGCGAAGAUUUGUCGCGCCACAAUUACAGAUCCAGGCAGAGGCUCGAAUGCCUCGACAAGUCUGUGUCUAGAACAGCUGUCUAGACCUUUCAUUUUCGUCAAACAUAGGAGCUCUACCUUCGAGGAACAUGAAAUUGCUACUGUACAGAGAGAACUGCAUGCAGCAUGUACAGUGCAAUGCAGAAAUUUGGAAACAGAACGCGCUCGGGCUUGCCGAACACAACCUCAUCACUGCAGCCACAGCGUGCAUCAGAAUGCCUGCACCAAUCAACCUGUGGUUGAGGCACUCUUGCGCUUCCAUCGCAACACAUGAAACGGCCGCGUCUGAGCCGGUCGCGUGUUCGUCGUUUGUUCCACGGCCAAUGGCAGACGGCAGGAGCUGUUUUCUGGAGAAGAGCGGAGAAACAUUCGAGAAGGCCCACCGUUUGUCGCUUCCGGUCCGAAAAAUGUGUCAUGCUUCACAAGUUCACAUGCAUGUCGCUGGGUUCGCAGGCUCGUUACAUACCGACCUCCAGUUUACUCCUUGCCUUUGGGCAUCAAUCAGUGUGCGAAACAGGCAGCACCGAGCGAGUACGUGAAUUCUGUAACAGAUGACCGAGGUAGGGAGACGACACUCGGACGUAAAACAAGUGCUGCAGGAUCGCUUUCUCAGAUGACUCGGCAUGCACACGUCCUUCAUCAAUUCGUGCAU